CCUUCCCCCCUCCUCCUUACUGCGGAAAGCUGCAGAGCUAAGGGCACUUACUUCCUAUUCACCAGUCAGCAGGGAGGGAUCCUCUGAUCAGCCACGUAGGCAUUCUCUUCUCUCUGGAGGAAAAGGCCCAGCAGCUGUCGGAGGAAAAGGCCCACCAGCUGUCAGAGCAAAGGGACAUGUCGCAGCUAAGUAAGAAUUUGGGUGAUUCGAGUCCCCCGGCCGAGGCCCCUAAGCCUCCGGUCUAUAGCCGCCCUACGGUUCUGAUGCGGGCCCCGCCCGCCUCCUCUCGGGCUCCGCCAGUCCCCUGGGAUCCACCUCCGAUUGAUUUGCAGGCUUCACUAGCCGCUUGGCAGGCACCUCAGCCUGCUUGGGAGGCCCCACAGGGCCAGCCGCCUACCCCAGUGGCUCCGAUGGCCCAACCUCCGGCCCUGGGGGGCCCGAUGGUCCAGGCUCCCCCUCUGGGAGGCCCGAUGGGCAAGCCUCCGACUCCCGGAGUCCUGAUGAUCCAUCCUCCCCCUCCGGGAGCCCCGAUGGCCCAGCCUCCGACUCCGGGAGUCCUGAUGAUGCAUCCUUCAGCUCCCGGAGCCCCGAUGGCCCAUCCUCCACCCCCGGGGACCCCCAUGGCCCAUCCUCCCCCUCCGGGGACCCCGAUGGCCCAUCCUCCUCCUCCGGGGACCCCGAUGGCCCAUCCUCCCCCUCCGGGGACCCCGAUGGUGCAUCCUCCCCCUCCGGGGACACCGAUGGCGCAUCCUCCCCCUCCGGGGACACCGAUGGCUCACCCUCCCCCUCCGGGGACACCGAUGGCCCAUCCUCCCCCUCCGGGGACCCCGAUGGCCCAGCCUCCGACUCCGGGAGUCCUGAUGGCCCAGCCUCUGACUCCGGGAGUCCUGAUGGUCCAGCCGCCUGCUCCGGGAGCUCCGAUGGCCCAGCCUCCGCCCCCAGGAGCCUUGAUGACCCAGCCUCCGCCUCCGGGAGCCCCGAUGGCCAAGCCUCCUGGUCCCGGCGUCCUGAUGAUUCAUCCUCCAGGUUCGAGAGCUCCGAUCACCCAGGCUCCAGCUUCAGGAGCCCCGAUGGCACAGCCGGCCGCCCCACCUGCGCAGCCUCUGGCUUCUUGGGCCCCACAGGCUCAGCCUCUGAUUCUGCAAAUCCAGUCUCAGGUUAUAAGGGCUCCUCCGCAGGUUCCCCAGGGCCCGCAGGCCCCGCAGGCGCAGCUGGCCACACCCCCGGGCUGGCAGGCCACCUCGCCAGGAUGGCAGGCCCAGCCGCAAGGCUGGCAAGCCACGCCUCUGGCUUGGCAGGCCACGCAGGUCACCUGGCAGGCUCCGACCAUUACCUGGCAGGCACCACCACCCGUGCGCCAGGGCCCACCGCCCAUCCGCCCGGGCCCACCACCCAUCCGACCUGGCCCCCCGCCGGUGCGCCAGGCCCCGCCCCCGAUUCGCCAGGCACCACCGCUGAUACGCCAGGCACCGCCGCCCAUCCGGCCUGCCCCACAGGUCCUGGCCACCCCACCACCACUCUGGCAGGCCCUGCCACCCCCGCCGCCGCUGCGGCAGGCUCCGCAGGCUAGGCUGCCCACCCCACAGGUGCGGGCAGCUCCACAGGUGCGGGCAGCGCCGCAGGUGCCCACUGCUCCGCCAGCCACGCAGGUGCCCACGGUGCCCACGGUGCCUCCCGCUGGCCCGCAGGCACCUCAGGCUGUGCUGUCGGCUCCUCUGUCGGCCCCGCAAGCUGUGCACUGCCCACCCAUUAUCUGGCAGGCCCCCAAAGGCCAAGCCCCAGUGCCACACGAGCUGCCAACAUCGAUGGAAUUCCAGGAAGUGCAGCAAGCUCAGGCUCUCACCUGGCAGGCCCCCAAAGCCCCUGGGCAGUUCUGGCAGCCUGUGCCCACCCAGGAGGCCCAGAGGCAGGGCCCACCACUGGUUCAGCUGGAGCAGCCCUUUCAGGGGGUCCCGGCCUCCCAAAAGGCCCUCCAAAUCCAGCUACCCACCCAGCAGGCCCAGCCCUCGGGCCCGCAAGCAGAGCUGCCCACCUUGCAACUCCAGCCCUCCUGGCAAGGCCCCCCAGCAGCCUUGCAGGGCCAGCCCGGAGCUCCCAUAGCGGCAGCAAAUUUUCCCGUGGGCUCCGCUAAAUCACUGAUGACUCCAUCGGGAGAAUCCCGGGCCUCUUCAAUAGAACGCAGGACCUCUUCAAAGGAACGGAGGACCUCUUCAAAGGAACGGAGGGCCCCUUCGAAGGAUCGCAUGAUCUUUGCUGCCACGUUCUGUGCUCCAAAGGCAGUGUCAGCUGCCCGAGCACACCUGCCGACUGCCUGGAAAAACUUGCCUGCCACAUCGGAGACCUUCACUGCCACUUCAAGGGUCUUUCCAACUACCUCCCGGUUCCAGCCUGCCUCUUCUAAUGCCUUUCAGGGCCCAUCUGCCCCCUCUGAGACCCCGAAGUCACUGCCACUUGCUCUGCAGGAUCCAUUUGCCUGCGUGGAGGCUCUGCCUGCAGUUCCAUGGGUUCCACAGCCCAGUGUGAAUGCUUCGAAAGCAGCCCAGGCAGUGCCAACCAUCCUGAUGGCUACGGCAGCUGCCCCGAAGGCAAUGGCCACCACUCAAGAGGCCUCGAAGACGUCUGCUGAGCCACCGCGUCGCUCUGGCAAAGCCACCCGGAAGAAGAAGCAUCUGAAUACCGAAGAGGACAGCAGUGGCCAUAUGCUGGCCCUGCGUGACUGGCAGGCUCCGAGACCCUGGGAAAAUCUGAACUUGAAUGACUGGGAGGUUGAAAACCCUAUCCAGGUCCUGGGUGAUUGGGAGGGCCCGAGCACCUCCCGUGGCCUGAGUGGCUGGGAGGGCCCGAGCACCUCCCGCAUCCUGAGUGGCUGGGAAGGGCCCAGCACAACUUGGGCUCUGAGUGCCUGGGAGGGCCCAAGCACUUCGAGGGCCCUGGGUCUCUGGGAAAGCCCAGGUAGCCCUCAGCCCCUGAUUAUCUCUGAGUUCACCAAUCUCUCUCAGGGAUUUGGUGUCACCCAGAAUGACCCCAAGCUGGAGACUCAGCCAUUGUCUCCCUUGGAUGAGAGAGCGAACGCAUUGGUGCAGUUCCUCUUGGUCAAGGACCAAGCCAAGGUGCCCAUCAAGCGCUCAGAGAUGGUGAAAUUCAUCAUCCGUGAAUAUAAAGAUGAGUGCUUGGAUAUCAUCAACCGUGCCAACAAUAAGCUACAGUGUGUUUUCGGUUAUCAACUGAAAGAGAUUGAUCCCGAAAACCACUCUUACAUUAUCAUCAACAAGCUGGGGCACCACAAGGGUGAACCAGUGGCAUCCUACUUAGACAGGCCCAAGUUAGGCCUCCUGAUGGUGGUCCUGAGUCUCAUCUUUAUGAAAGGCAAUUGUGUCAGGGAGGACAUGAUCUUUAGUUUUCUGUACAGGUUAGGGUUGGAUGUCCGAGAGACACAUGCUCUCUUCGGAAAUACAAAGAAGCUCAUCACCGAAGUGUUUGUAAGGCAGAAGUACCUAGAGUACAGGCGAAUCCCCUAUACUGAGCCAGCAGAAUAUGAGUUCCUCUGGGGCCCCCGAGCAUUCCUCGAAACCAGCAAGAUGCUUGUUUUGAGGUUUCUGGCCAAGCUCCAUAAGAGAGACCCACGGUGCUGGCCUUUGCAGUACUUCGAAGCCUUGGCAGAGUGUGAGUCUGAAGAUUUGGAUGAGGAUGAGCCUGGAUCCGGUGACAAUGCCGGUGACCCCACCAGCAGUUCCCCUCCCCGCUAAUGUGGUUCUUUCCGCAGAUAUCUCAUUCCUUUGGGUUCCUGGCCAGAGGCCACUGACAGGGUGGGGUGGGGUGGGGGGGCGUUUUGUUUCUGGUGUUUAUGUUCUAGUUCUAUGUGUGUAAGUUUGGAUUUAAAUUUGGUUCAACUUAGUAUCUGCCAAAGCUUUGUACAUUUUCAUGUGGUGUUGAUUUCGAUUGGCUACUGUUCUCUUUGGUAUUUUGGCAUCUGUAUUUUUAAGUGAGAUCUGUGAUUCUCUGUUUUGUGUUAUAAUUGUUAUGUUUUGGUAUCAGAGUUGUGCUGGCUUUGUGAAAUGAAUUGAGAAGCUAUCCAUCUCAUUCUGGUACAGAUUAUGUAGUAUUGAAAUAGGCUGUUCUUUGAACAUUAAAAUGAGUCAUCAGUAAAAGCUGUCUGCAGAAAAUAAAUAUCUAUAUCUAUAUAUAUAAAUAUACUUUCAGCAUAA